GAACAAAUCUAACCCUUUAUAAAGCAAUUAUAAUAUGCAUACAUUUCCCUUUUUUCGACAAGUAGCCAGAUCCUCCUGAAUAACCUCCAGUUUUUUUCAUCAUCCAAUUUUCAUAUUUAUUUCCUUUCUUUACUAUGUCCGCUGCUCUCAGUAUCGACGACUCGCAGCCUAUUGUCUCGCGCGGCUUUAACCUUGACACGCUUCUGCGUUAUUUCUCGCGUGUCAUCCGCUCGCCGCUGCUCAGCUACUUUGCAGUGAACGCGCUAUCGCGUCACCACCUUUCGAACAGCCGACUGGCAGACUCACGCAGCAAGCUGGCUGCCACAGCUGCCCUCUGGGCCACAGUCACCCUGAUACUGCCAUCAGUGUGCAAGCUGACCACCCGUCUGCUCCUGUGCCGCCGCAGCAAGGAGGUCUACUGGCCGGGAGAGAUUGUGGUGGUGACAGGCGGAAGCCAUGGUGUCGGGCUGGAGUUGACCAAGCGGCUGCUGCGUGCCAAUGCGCGCGUGGCUAUCAUUGACGUCUGCCCGUUCCCGCUCACAGAACAGCUGCGUCCCGGCUACUGCGCGCACUACUCGUGCGACAUUACUGAUUUGGACGCGAUCAAGGCCGCGGCUGGCCAGAUCCGCACCGACCUGGGUGGCGACCCAACCAUGCUGCUGCUCCUGGACAUGUCUGACCGCGAGGUCGACAAGGUUAUUGACGUCAACCUAACCUCCCACUUCCAUCUCAUCCGCCAGUUCCUGCCGGCCAUGAUCGCGGCUAACCGCGGCCACAUUGUGUCCAUCGGCUCCAUUGUCUCCUUCUUGGGAACCCCGCAGGCGAGCACCUACUGCGCGUCCAAGGGCGGCGUCAAGCUGCUGCACGAGUCUAUGCGCAGAGAGGUUGUGUCGCGCUACAAGGCAGACAACGUGCAGUUCUCCAUUGCAUACCCCGGCAUCAUCAACACUGGUCUGUUUGGCGGCAUUGAUCUGGGCCAGUUCUUCAUGCCCACUCUGCGCCCUGACUCUAUUGCCCGCUCCGUCUUUGCCGCCCUCGCCUCGGGAACCGGCAAUGAGAUUUCCUUCCCCGCCUCGCGAACAUCCUGCCGCUCCUCUACGCACACCCGCUCCUCCAUCAUCAACCUCAUUUCGAGCGGUGACACCGCCAUGGCAACCUUCUCAGGCCACGUCAAGUACUAGGUUCGCGACUAAAAUUAUAUUUUAGACACAUUUUAUCAUCGCAAUUAUAUAAU